AUGGAACCAUGGGGAAAUUUUGGUAUUUCGAAGCUUAUGUCUGGUGUUGAGAAAGGAAUGUCAUCGGAUUUGAGGAAUCUUUGUUAUGAGGCAGAAAAGGAUGUCAGCAUGAUAGAAAGAAAAAUUCAGUUAGGACACAGGAAAAAGAUAGAACCAAUUAAAAAAUUGAUCGAUGAUGUUGCUCAUAUGAGAGUAUGUAAGCGAGAAGAGGUGAAGGAAGUGCUAUCGAUAUUUAACGAAUACGUAAAACCAUUCUUGGAGGAGGAAGAAAGAACAAAAUCUGAUAUUGAUAAAGGCUCAAAGAAAGAUCCUGUUAACAAAGAUGAUGAUAACUUCAGUGGAACAAACGAGAAUGAGAAACAAAAAUUAGAUAAUAAUACCCUACAAACAAAACAUCUUCAGGAUAUGAACACAUCAAUAAAAAGAGGAAUAGACGGACUUGUUGAUGCAUUUCGAGAGCUUUUCUUGAAUGGUCAUUGGAAAAAACUGUUUGAUGAUAUCUCGAAACGCACAAAUUCCCAGCAUCUGAGCACUGAAUGCAUUAUGGAAAUAGUAAAGAAAGCGUUUAAAAUAAGUAAGAUUGAGGCUGCCAAACAGAUUAGUAAUGCAAGACAGUGUGCAAAACAGAUAGUAGAGACUGGGGAGACUGAGGAUGUGUCUACUGACGAUAUCCAUUCUUCAAAGCAUAUGGAAUCCUCAGACGAACUUCUUCGUAGAUAUAGAUAUAUACAUGCAGAUAUGUCAACAGAAAGGCUUCAAGGACUUCUUUUACAAAAAGUUAAAACAUUCCUUUUUAAAACUUACAAUAUUGAGACGGAAGAGAAUAUAAAUCUUGCAUUGUUCAUACGUGAUUGUGCUGCCAUAACAUGGUUAAUGUGUGUUGAGGACCCACCAAUUGAUAUGGUAUAUGACAAAUGUUCAGACAGAAUGGACGAGAACAAAUAUGACAUUAUAAAAGGAAAACCAUUUAAAAACAUUGUGUGGCCUGCAUUACAAUUUGAAGGCACUGGAAGCAUGUUAUCAAAGGGAGUAAUAUGGUGUAAAUAGUUUUGAAUGCUAUAGAGUCGAAAUCGGAGACAACCAGAACUGAGUUAAAAGCUAUUUGUUGUACAUAGUUCAUUGAUAAUAUUGCAGUGCCUUUUUC